AUGGCACGACCUCCGCCAAAUCCGAUGAUCACGCUGUCACCAAACAAAGUGCUCAGUUCACCUCCUUGGUACAAACGUCCCGCCGCCGAUUCCGACACCGAGGAUCAUCACAAUGAGCCUGAAUUCGACUUUCUAGCUGGAGCUUCCACCCCACUACAUGUGAACUACAACAAGUCCAUCAUGUUUGUCUCGCCCAUGAAGAGACUCGACAAACUACAUCUUAGUCCAAGCUACCGAGAUCUGGCGCUGUCGAUGUGUUUGAGACGGACCACUGAUGAAGAUGACGCAGGUAUCAACCAUCAAGAUCAAGAAGAACAAGAAGAUGAGGAAGAUGAAGAUGACUAUGGAGCAGGCGACCAAACAUUACACUCCGAAUCAGACGAUGAUGAUGACUCAGAUGAUGCUGAUCCGGAAGCUGAUUACGCAGAUGCGGACGAUGAAAACGCCUCAUUUGGUGCUCUAGAUGUGCCUCCAUCCUAUAUCCCUCAGCGCAAGAGAAGACACACAGAUUCGCCUCUGGAUAUGGAAAUCACACCGAUGGCCACAAACCACACCAUUCCUCAUGGAUCUUCUGGAAAGAUGACAGGGAUCCUAGGUAAUGAGACAUGUGACUCGAUCCUGAAGAUCAGUUUCUCAGCCUCGGACUCCACCCCGUGUCCAUCGCAUCCCCGCAAAAGACUCAGAUUCAAGAAGUCCGACUCAGAAGAAUUGACGCCGUCACAGUCGUCGAAAAUCAAGAGACCCCUCUUGGACUUCUCUUCCUCUCGCAAACUUUCUGCGAAUGGGGUUCCACUAAUACAUAAGCUCAACGACGCCCAAGACGACCCGGAAGAGUCUGCAAGGUCGCUGUCGGGCUUUUCAACUACGGCUAUGAAUGUCAACUCCACGCCCAUCAGCCAAUCAACGCCAGCAAACUCGCGUGCUCCAUCUCCGUGCAUUUCAUAUGAAGCAAAUGAAGACAAUGUAAAUGACUUCAAGUUUGUCAAGCCAUCGUCCAAUUUCUCAUACCGCACUCCGCAGGCGCGACCUUCAGCAACAUACGAGGCUUCCCAAAGACUUAUUAACCAAUAUGUGGCUGAUGACUACUCUCAACUGCCAGGUAGAUACGAGAUAGUAGGUGAGUUUCGUGCUUCGGCAGCAGGAAUGAUGGAGGAAGUGGACGACUUGCAUGUUGGCGACAAGCGAAUCAACGACCCUUACGCUAUGUCCUCGCCAUCAACGCAAGGUGAUGACGAUCGUUUGGAUCUCCGUCACAAAUAUAUGGUUUCGGACAAGCUACCUUUGCUACAGCAUUUUAAGCAGGACUUGACCAAACAGGAAAUGUUGGCAUAUAUCAAUGACAACAAAUCAGUUUCUGCAUUUUACGAUUACAUUUUUAUGAAUGAACCAAAGGACGAUGGACUCGUCUUUUUGAAGAAGGAACGGCUCAGGUGGCAUCCUGACAAGUGGGUGGCGAAGUACGACGGAUCGAUCUUUGAUAAAGACAUAGUUGACAGUCUUAGUCAAGUGAUCAAUUCCAUCAUUGAAAGAUUUUAA